GCGGCCGCGCUCGCGAGCGCGGGUUCCGCCUCGCCCCGCAGCCCACGGAGCCCCGGCGGGAGCCGCAGGUCGAAAGGCGUCUCGAGAAGCACUAGCGCUAACAUCGGGCUCUUGGAAGGUCGGUUUGGGCGCAGCACCAGCGGGGAGCUGUCCCCACGAGACACCUCCGUGGAGGUCAGGUUGCAGACUAUGCAGAACCUGCGCGAGAACAAUGAUCUGGCCAGCUCAUUUGAGGAGUACCAGACAGCAAGCCAGCGGGUCAAGGCCAUGCACAAGCAGCUGGCUAAGGUUGCCACAGAGGCAUCGAAGAGCCCG